UUUUUCCUAAAAAAAAUAUUAACACAAAUCCUCUCUCCCAUAAAGCCUCUGCCUCCCUUCUUCCCCAUUUCCCACGAUCUUCAAUACCGCCAUCCUCUCUUAUUUGUGCUCUCUUCACUAACUCGGUGGCCUGACUCGCCGGGUCACGGAUCGCAAUGACUCGGCGUUGCUCUCACUGCAGCAACAAUGGCCACAACUCCCGCACCUGCCCCUCCCGCGGCGGCAGAACCGGCAGUGGUAGUCUCGGCGCCGGAGGCGGCGGUGUGAAGCUCUUUGGGGUUAGGCUCACCGAUGGGUCUUUCAUCAAGAAAAGCGCCAGCAUGGGCAACCUCUCCGCACAUUACCACAGUUCAUCUUCCGCAGCCGCUUCGCCGAAUCCCGACUCCCCUAACUCCGACCCUGUCCACGACACUGAUGGUUUUCUUUCCGAUGAUCCGGCCCAUGCAUCCUGCUCUGCUAAUCGCCGUGGUGAAAGGAAGAAAGGUGUUCCAUGGACGGAGGAGGAGCAUCGAUUAUUCUUAGUUGGUCUUCAGAAACUGGGGAAGGGAGACUGGCGUGGGAUUUCUCGGAAUUUUGUUAUUACGAGGACCCCAACUCAGGUGGCAAGCCAUGCCCAGAAGUAUUUCAUUCGGCAGAGUAAUGCAACAAGAAGAAAGCGAAGGUCAAGCCUUUUUGACAUGGUUCCGGAGAUGGCAACUGAUCCGCUGCCUGUACCAGAAGAUGAAGUUUUACAUGCUGCCCAGACAAAAGAAACAGAGAACUCAAGUUCACAACCUUCACUAAAUCUCUCACUUAACUCAGAGUUCCAAAUGAUGGAAACUACAGUUGAAGAAAACGGAAAAGAACUUGAUGCACCUAAGAUGGAAAUUUCUGGUUUCCCACCUAUGAUACCAGGAUUCAUCCCGGCAUAUAUGCCUGUUCCUUUUUCAAUUUGGGCACCUGGUACAGUCCCAAUGGAAGAAGAAAAGGGUAUGGAAACGUGUCAUCACGAGGUCCUAAAACCAAUUCCAGUUGUACCAAAGGAACCGGUCAAUGUUGAUGAACUUGUUGGCAUGUCUCAGCUUACUUUACGAGAGCACGAAAGAGAGCAUGGAGAGCCUUCACCCCUGUCCUUAAAAUUGAUAGGAGAGCCCUCAAGACAGUCGGCUUUUCAUCCAAAUGCUCCAGUCAGUCGUUCAGAGUUAAGUAAGGACAACAAUGAAAAAAUUCAAGCUCUUUGAAUCAAGAAGGGAGCCAUCUUCUUGCAUCAUGAGCUUUUCUUGUAAAAUUACAUCCUUUAAUUAGUUUUUCUUCUUCUUAGAAAGUCUGUAGUGUGGUUGUUUUUAUUGAUAUAAAGUAGGCUAUAGAAAGUUCUUUAAGUAUAUUUAUUCAUUGUAACUGUAAACAAGUAGAUAAUAUUGUAAUAAAUAUAUUAAUCAGCUGAUCCUAA